AUGUCUCUAGAUGUAAAGGAAAAGAAAGAGGUACGUCUGGUGUUCAUGGGAGCUGCUGGUGUGGGCAAAACAGCUCUAAUCCAGCGCUUCUUGCAGGAUCGGUUCGAACCAAAGCACCGGCGCACUGUGGAGGAGCUCCACAGCAUGGAGUACGAGGUGGCUGGCAUCAAGGUGACUGUGCACAUCAUGGAUACGAGCGGCAGCUACUCAUUCCCCGCAAUGCGCAAGCUCUCCAUUCAGAAUGGCGAUGUCUUUGCCCUGGUCUACUCCGUGGAUGACCCAGUGUCACUCGAAGCCAUAAAAAGUCUGCAUAAGGAGAUCCUGGAGAUCAAGAAGGACAGGUUCACACCGGUGGUGGUGGUGGGGAACAAAACAGAUUGUAAGGGCAACAGAAGGGUAAAUGCCGAAGAUGUUGUUGCCACCAUGGAGCUGGAUUGGAACAACUGCUUCUUGGAAGCCUCAGCUAAAGAGAACGACAACGUGCUGGAGGUGUUCAGAGAGCUGCUGCAGCAGGCCAACGUGCCAAGUCACCUGAGCCCGGCACUGAGGCGUCGCCGAGAGACCUUCCCCAAGAACACAGGAGCACGGCCACCCAUGAACAAGACCAACAGCUGCACCAUGUCCUAA